AUGAACAUCCUAGAUUCACUCAAAUAUUAUUUUGGUUUAUAUUGUUGUGAUUAUGGCGGAACAAACGAUUUAUUUAUAAAAGUCAAUGGCAACAGAUUUAAGAUAAUAAGAUUGUUGGCUGAAGGUGAUCUGACAUUCGUCUAUCUAUUGAAAUCCCUCGAUGAGACACUUUAUAGGAAUCGAAAUUAUUUUGCCCUUAAAAAAAUUACAUGUCCUUUUGGAGAUAUAGAAAGUGUAUCCAAUGCACUUCAGGAAAUUGAUUGUUACAAAACAUUCCAAAAUCCUUAUAUAGUUUCAUGUUUAGACUCACAAAUCAUACAGGAAAAUGAUGGCUCUAAGACGGUUUACAUUUUACUCCCCUAUUUUAAAUAUGGUUCAAUUCAAGAAACUAUUAAUAAGAACUUAUUGGAUGGUACCUAUAUUUCAGAACAGCAAUGUAUUCGCUUGACUAUUGAUAUAUGCACAGGGUUGAUGUGCCUUCACGAUCCCAAGAAAAGACCAUAUGAGGAUAUCGAAAGCAAUUUUAAUUCGUCUACAGCAUUUAAUACAACCGACGAUACUGAUGCCCUUUUGGCAGAUACGCCUUUAGAUGCAUCUACUAUCCAAUCACAUCCUAAUCAUGGAAUUUCAUAUUCUCACAAAAACCUUAAACCAUCUAACAUUCUCAUUUCAAAUGAUCAUACACCAGUUAUUGGUGAUUUGAGUUCAUGUUCUAAAUCGGCCAUUACAUUUAGCACAGAAACUCAGUUAGAGACAUUUAAAGAAUGGGUAUCGAGGAAUUGUCAAUUAGAAUAUGCAGCACCUGAAUUGAUGAAUCCCAAAAUGAAUAGUACAAUUGACACAAAAGUAGACGUUUGGUCUUUAGGCUGCACUUUAUAUAACUUGAUGUUUGGUAUAUCACCAUUCGAAAGAGAAGAACAAUUGAAUGGUACACCAAAACGUGCAGCGAUUCAGACAGGGUCGUUUUCAUUCCCACAACAAAGUAGGUAUACACAAGGUUUACUUGAUAUUGUUAGUAAAUGUAUUACGGUUGACCCGGCACUAAGAUAUUCUGCAAAGGAAUUAUUAGAACAGUUAGCAAUCUUACAGGUAAAUACAUAA